GCGCCCAUUCUUAUUUAUGCGUGUCAAAAGGCAUGUGCAGAACAUGAGCGAGAAAGAAAAGAGGUUGGAUAUCUUCCAUCGGCACUCAAGAACUAUAACUCUCAUCUUUUGCAAGCGCCUCUUGGCGAUGCUUCAGCUAUUCCAGACGCAGUCGCCCAAAGCUCAUAAGCGCUGGACUACGCUGACCCUCCUCUCUUUCGAGGCUGCACUCACACUUGCAAUUGCAAUCAUAGUGGAUCCGCCAAAUAUCGAAAACGAGGAGCUUCAGGACUGGAUCUCGUUCUCCCAAGUGCUCCUCAAGGACCUUGGGACUUGUAAUGCCGUCGCUGCCGUCGCCCUGCAGCACAUUGACGUGAUCCGAAAACGUACGGAUUUCGUGCUGAAUAUGAGUCGAGGGAAUAAUGCGGCGUCCCUCGACAUCAUUGCACCGUCUCUUCAUGACAUAGAGCGUGCAACGAGGGUCCUCUCACAGCCUCAGCCUUGCAUGACAGACUUGCUUGGCCAUGAGUUGGUGAUGGAUCCCUAUUGGACCAUCAUUCAACCGGGAGCUUUUGGAGGGCAUUUUCCGGGGAUCGAGUCUCUCAGUGGACCCUUGGAUUCCAUGAACCUAGAACGAUUUCUGGACAGUUGUAUGGCGAUGCAGUCGAAGGCACCGCCCAUCUUCACUGUUUGACCGCUACUGUCAAUCAUCUUGUCUUUGUUUGGCUCUUGGCUACACUGUCUUCUAUAAUACAGCCUGAACAUUGUUACAACGGAGAGAUUGUCUAGAUAGCGAUGAGAACAUUGGUGGGAUUAAAAUG